AUGGAAGAAGUCAACUGCCCAGACUGUGAGUCUGAUAAUAAUACAGAAGUUUUUGUGACGAAGUUCAAGAAGAUUCAAGAAUCAUUAUGGCCGACAGAAAAAGACAUUAAAGGAGCCGCGUUGGCUAUCUUUCGAAUAAUCAACCUGUACCGGCUGAACAUAACGGAAUUGAUGUUGGGUAACAUCAAAAACUAUACGACCAGCCCAAUGACAACAAAGGAAGUUUUUCAGAUCAGUCACGUGGCCAGCGACGAGAACAUGAUCUAUGACGAGAUUGUUUGGCUGCAAGCUUUGUAUAAAUUGUUCAAAGAAAAUCGAAUCGAGAAGGGUGUGUAUAGUUUGGAGCAUAUCGAUCGAUCCCUGGCCAGCGCGUACAGCAGGUAUGGUAUGCCCUGGGAAUCGCUUAAAUAUAUUCAAGAAUGCCUCGAAACUAAACCGGACAACAAAGGCUGUCUAAGAGAUAAGGUCUAUUACGAGAUGAAAGUGAAAGACAUUCCUGCCACUUCAAGAGAGAAGAAACUCGAAAAAGAAAAUAAAACUGAAGAUAAAAUAAAAUAUGAAGCCUUAUGCCGUGGAGAUAAACUUUUGUCAGAUACCGCCGUUGCCAGACAAAAUGUUUCUUUCGUGCAAUGUCGGUUCCUUACGAAAGACUGA